AAGCUGACACUGUAAAGCAGUUGCUCUGUUCCUCGUCCAGCAUCAUCAUCAGAGAGGAUAACCCGCGCACCACCACUCUCUUUCCCAAGACCCAGUCUACAUACACCCACCCACAAGUGACCCCACAACCAGUAUCCUAGCAACAGCUCUCACCCGAACACCGAUUCCACGCACGGACGCACCAAACCACCAUAUCCACAAGUCCAUGCACGAGCUCCUAAACCACCCGAAUGGCCAAACCGCCCGGCCUCUUCCCGCCACUCGCUGCAAGUGCAAGUGCAAGCUCCAUGCACGUCCACGUCUCCCACCUCCUCCCCGCGCCGCCCAAGCCCCACCACCAUGCUCCGCUUCGCUUCACCGUGGCCGCCUCCGCCGCGACGCCGUCGGUGAGCCCCACGGCCGCCACUCGCAAGGCCGUCAUUGUCGGCGGCGGGCUCGCGGGCCUCGCCGCGGCGACUCACCUGACCUCGCUUUCCGUGCCGUUCACGCUUGUGGAGGCCUCGGACCGCCUCGGCGGCCGCGUCGCCACCGACGAGGUCGAUGGGUACCGCCUGGACCGGGGCUUCCAGAUCUUCCUCACCGCGUACCCGGAGUGCCGACGCCUCCUCGACUUCCCGGCGCUGCGGCUCCGGCCGUUCUACCCUGGCGCGCUCGUGUUCGUCGCCGCCGGAGAGCCGUUCUACCUGCUCUCCGACCCGUUCCGUCUCCCCCUGCGUUCCCUCUCCGCGGUGUUCUCCCCCGUCGGCACUCUGUCCGACAAGAUCCUCGUCGGCCUCACCCGGCUCCGCGCGGCCGCCACCCCGGACGACGUCAUCCUCUCGUCGCCGGAGACGACUACGGCGAGGCACCUGCAGGGGCUCGGAUUCACGCCGUCCAUCGUGGAGCGGUUCCUGCGGCCGUUCCUCGCCGGGAUAUUCUUCGACCCGGCCCUCGACACGUCGUCCCGCCUCUUCGAGCUCGUGUUCAAGCGCCUCGCCCUCGGAGACAACGCGCUGCCGGAGGACGGCAUUGGCGCCAUCGCGUCGCAGUUCGCGGCCCGUCUCCCUGCGGGAUCCGUCCGCCUCAACACCCGCGCCGCCGCCAUCGACCAGUCCGGCGUGACGCUUGACACCGGCGAAAUCAUCCGCAGCGAGCUAGGCGUCAUCGUCGCCGUCGAGCAGCCGGAGGCCGAGAAGAUCCUGCCGCAGCUAUCGAAUACAGAAAAAUCCAAGAACUCCGAGAGGAGCACCGUCUGCCUCUACUUCUCCACGGACCGGGCGCCGGUACAAGACCCCAUCCUGCUCCUCAACGGGUCCGGCAAGGGCAUCGUGAAUAACAUGUUCUUCGCCACCAACGUGGCACCGUCGUACGCGCCGGCGGGGAAGGUGCUGGUGUCCGUGUCCCUCGUCGGCUCGUUCGCGGACCGGGAGGACGCCGAGCUGGCCGACGAGGUGGUCCGGGAGCUCGGCGGGUGGUUCGGAGCCGGAGAGGUCGCGUCCUGGACGCAUCUGAGGACGUAUCGCAUCGGGUUCGCGCAACCGGACCAGACGCCGCCCACGACGCCGGCGGGGAGGGACCCGAGGAUCGGCGGCGGCGUGUAAGUGUGCGGGGACCACUGGUGCUCUGCGACCUUCGACGGUGCGCUGGUGUCAGGGAGGAGGGCGGCCGAGGCUCUGGUCAAGGACAGGGGACUGUCCUAGCAAGGCCGCGCGCGCGUUGGUUUACGCAUCAAGUUACACCUUGAUCGAGUGAGCUGGCCUGGGGAUCUCAUUUUUUUUAGUGACAAGCACAUCUUUAUCUUUUUGUAAAUUUUGACUUGUAUAUUCCUUUUCCAAAUUCCAGUCACAUUCAGUAGAAGAAUGAGUGAAGAUUUGCCGAGGACGUUCCCAUCUCAACAAAACGGUGUUAUCCCCAUAACAUCUCG